AUGAUGGACACGGAGGAUCAGUGGACACAGGCCUUGGCUAGCAACAACGUGAGGGCCAUCCUGCGCUGGAUAUGCAGCCUUUCAGCUGAAGUGGGAAAUGCUGAUGUGGAGGCCAGCCUUGCUACUUUCAGCAGCUGGGUCCAGAGGACGGCUGAAGUUUCAAAGAAGGAGUUACUCACCCUUUGCUUCAGCCGUUGCCAGGGCCUGUGGAUGUUCCUGGACCACAGCUGCUUCACCAGGGUGCACUUGCUGCUGCAGCGGCUGAGGAACCUGCUUACCCUGGCCCAGUGGGGGAGGAGGCAGAGCGGCCUGACACACUUCUGGCAUGGAUUGGGGAUCCCGUGUGUGGUCUGCAGGGCUGGGUGUGGAUCCUCAGCUGUGCGGCAGGACUACUGGAAUCGGAUACAUAGAGCUCUGAAGCAACACAUCUGGCUGGGUCGGCUUGUACAGUGGUGGGGCAUCACCGGACUCCUGCCCAAGUAUCCUGAGGCUCAAGAAAUGAAGCGGAUCUAUCAGAUGUGGAGAGAGAUGGAUCAGAACCACCGCAGAGCUGCCCUCCACACUCUUGGAUGGGAGGAGGAGGGAAGGGAAAGGUGGAAUUCACUGAUCCAGGGUAUGGUGGCUCAGAUGGACCAACAACAUGGGCCCAUAUGGAUUUCUGAGGACUGCACAGACCAGGGCUAUCCACCCCCUAACCUGCAGGCUCUUCUGAAGCUGGUGCUGGUGCCUCGCGUCAACAACAUGUCUGUUCAGGCCAUUCUCAUGUACUUCAUCCUGGACAUGGCACAUUUCCUGCAGUGCAAAGAUGACCUCCUGCAGUCCUUUUGCCACGCCUUCAUCAUCCCUCCCAGCUUCUCCCAGCAGAUCCGGGCCUUCUGGCUCCUCGACCAUGGACACUUAACGGUACCUUUGCUCUCACUAUAACUUUCAGUCUAUCGAUGUGUAUGUCUUCCUGGAUUUAGCAGGGCUCAACAGAGCCGACAGAUUUUCCUAUGGCUGUCAUUGCCUCUGUGUAGGGCUCCAUGGAGCUGCUGCUGAGCCCCAGGUCUGAACCACCAUGGUUCUCCUGGCAGCACCACUGCAUCAUCCACAGCCUGCUGAGGAGAAAGCAGCUCCGCUUGGCUCUGAAGUACAUCUACUGGACCAGA